AUGUGGAGCUUGUGGAAGCGUAGGAACUUAAAAUUGUGGCAACAACAAAAUGAAACAUGUAUGCAUGUUGUUGAACGGGCUCGACACCUCUUAGAUGAUUGGAGAACCGCCCAAGAAGUCAGAUCGCAUAAAGCUACUAACAAUCCCGCUCAGCCAAACAAUGUUAUUCAUGGUCAUGUCAUUGAGUGGACGAAGCCGACAUAUGGUAGGUACAAAUGUAAUAUUGAUGCCUCCUUUUCCGACUCUUUGAAUAUGGUAGGUAUUGGCAUAUGUAUCCGUGAUGAUCAGGCCGGUGAGUUUGUUAUGGCCAAGACGGACUGCUUCUCUCCUCUUUGUGAUGUUGACAUCAGAGAGGCUGUUGGAUUCCACACGGCAGCUACAAUGGGUGUCAAAUCUUCACUAUGA